CAUGAUUCACUGUACCCCACAAUCACCACGCUGUCCAACGUCUCAAGAGCUGACCACUGGCCCGGUAACGUGCCCAAUCACAGCUUCCUUCGCCCAUUGAAAGCACACCGCCUUUGCUUAACUAUGUCGGUCUUUAGCGUGCGCCCCCAUGACCCCCACGCUUUUUGCGCUCCCAGUUUUAAUCUCGCCAGCAAAGUGUCAAUUCAACCGGUUGCAUGCUCUCUAUCUGGGGAAUAAUAGAGAUUUAUUACGUAUUCACUGAUAUAUUGUUCUCGAGGAGAGAAAGGAAAAAAUUUUUGGGGGUUUUUUCCACUGUUGAUACCUUUCUUCAAUACAAAGGUGAAGGAUAAUCUUUCUUGAUAUUAGGAUCAAUUGAGCUUGCUACAACUGAGUUCCAACCACCACAAAUGUUCAGAUCUUCAGCUCUUAGAGGUGCCCGUCUCUCAGUCGGCCGCAGACUUGUAUCGACGACUGUGCGUCAAAACUCGUCCAAGUGCUCUUCGCUAUGGUUCAAGGCUCUUGCCGUGAACACGGUGCUUGCUGGUGCUGUGCUCGCGUAUACUCAACCAGUCCUGGUCAAUGACGACUCCAAGAGUAAGGAGCUGUUCCCUGACAGCUCCACCACCAAGCUCGAUGAGCUCGAGCCUCCUGUGUACGGUACUUUGGAGGACCUGGAGAAGGCCCGUGAUGAGAUCGUUGCCAUUGUCGGCAAGGAGAACAUCGCCACUUCGCGUGCUGAACUGGAACACCACUCAGACACCUACUUCAACUCUCACCAUGCCACUGAAGACCAAAGACCAACUUUGAUCAUCUUCCCAUCUUCCACUGAGGAGGUUUCCGAGAUUAUGAAGAUCACUUACAAGUACCGUAUCCCAGUGAUCCCAUUCUCAGGUGGUACGUCCUUGGAAGGCCAUUACAUUCCAACCACAGGUACUCCAGCCAUCACCAUGGAUAUGUCCAAGAACAUGGCAAAGGUCUUGCAACUCAACGAGGAUGAUCUGGAUUUGGUUGUCCAACCAGGUGUCAGCUGGGAAGAUCUCCACGACUACCUCGGCGAGAAGGGCUUGCUAUUCGGCCCUGAUCCAGGUCCAGGUGCUCUUAUUGGUGGUAUGAUCGGUACCUCUUGCUCCGGCACUAACGCUGCUCGUUACGGUACUAUGAAAGAGAACGUGGAAGGCUUGACAGUUGUUUUGGCCGAUGGUACUGUUAUUAAGACCAAGAAAAGACCAAGAAAGUCGUCUGCUGGAUACAACUUAACUGGUUUGAUUAUCGGCUCUGAAGGCACACUUGGUAUUGUCACGGAGGCCACCUUGAAGCUUCACGUUAAGCCAAGGGAGGAGACAGUUGCUGUCGUCAGCUUCGACUCAAUUGACAAUGCCUCCAAGACUGUCCAGGAUUUGGUUCAACAUGGUAUUCAGGUUAAUGCCGUUGAGUUGCUCGAUGAUAACAUGAUGAAAGUUGUCAAUGCCUCUGGUGAAACCACCAGACAUUGGGUUGAAAAGCCAACCUUGUUCUUCAAGAUUGGUGCCAACAACAAGACUGUCUUGAACGAGUUAAUCUCUGAAGUUCGUUCCAUCUCACACCAGAACCACUCUUCUCAUUUCGAAUUUGCAAAGAACCAGGAGGAGAUCUCCGAGCUGUGGUCUGCUAGAAAGAUGGCUCUUUGGUCUACAAUCAACAUGGGCCGUCAGCAACACCCAGAUACCCAAAUCUGGACCACCGACGUCGCAGUGCCAAUCUCCAAGCUGGCAUCCGUUUUAUCUGAAACCAAAGCUGACAUGGAGAACUCCGGCUUGACCGCUACCCUUGUGGGCCAUGCUGGUGACGGUAACUUCCAUGCGUUCCUGCUCUACACACCUGACCAAAGAGCCAUCGCUGAGAAGCUGGUUCAGAAUAUGGUCAAGCGUGCUAUUGACGUCGAGGGUACUUGUACUGGUGAACACGGUGUUGGCUAUGGUAAGAGAGAGUUCUUGCUGGAGGAGCUCGGUGAAGAGCCAAUUGAUAUGAUGAGAAGAAUCAAGAUGGCUCUCGACCCUAGAAGACUGUUGAACCCAGACAAGGUCUUCAAGAUCAAUCCAAACGAUCAUGAGCACUGAGUCAUGUGUAUAGCCGAACAACGUGACGUUACAUAAAGUAGAAGAAGAUAGCAAACAAAACAAGGCAAAUUCAUU